ACUGCGCAUGUGUCAACAUUAACCCAGCAGGUAAACUCCACCAUGGCGGCGAGAGGCCAUGUGCAAGAUCCCAACGACAGGAGACUCAGACCCAUAUACGAUUACCUUGAUAAUGGCAACAAUAAGAUGGCGAUACAGCAGGCAGAUAAACUGCUGAAGAAACAUAAGGACCUGCACUGUGCCAAGGUCCUAAAGGCCAUUGGCCUUCAGAGGACAGGAAAGCAGGAUGAAGCUUUCACUUUGGCCCAGGAGGUGGCCACCUUGGAGCCCACUGACGACAACUCACUUCAAGCUCUGACAAUAUUGUACAGGGAGAUGCAUCGCCCGGAGUUGGUCACGAAGCUGUACGAGGCUGCAGUGAAGAAGGUUCCUCUCAGCGAGGAGUAUCACUCGCACCUCUUCAUGGCUUACGCUCGCGUGGGAGAGUACAAGAAGAUGCAGCAGGCAGGAAUGGCUUUAUAUAAAAUUGUCCCCAAGAACCCGUAUUACUUCUGGUCCGUCAUGAGUCUGGUGAUGCAGGCGAUCUCAGCACAGGAUGAAAAACUGGCUCAGACUAUGUUCCUGCCUCUGGCUGAACGCAUGGUGGAGAAAAUGGUCAAGGAGGAGAAGAUAGAGGCAGAAGCAGAGGUGCAGCUGUAUUACAUGAUCCUGGAGCGCUUGGGAAAGUGUGUAGAGGCUCUGGAAGUGGUCAGAGGUCCACUGGGGGAGAAGCUGACCAGCGAGCUGCAGAGCAGAGAGAGCAAGUGUAUGACGCUCUACCGGCGGCUGGAGCGCUGGCCCGAGUGCAACGCCUUAGCCCACAAGCUGCUGCUCAAAAAUCCUGAUGAUUGGCAGUUCUAUCCCUCCUACUUCGACUCUCUUUUUCAUUUGAUGGAUCAGUCGUGGAGCCCUCCAGAAGAAGGCGAACACUGCUCGGAGGGUUCGGUGCAUCACACUGUGGCCGAGGUGGUGAGGUUUGUGGAGGACAGAAUUAAAGGGGAGGACGGCAAAGACUCUCGCGCUCUCAGAGGGCCUUAUUUAGCUCGGCUGGAAUUAAUACACAGACUUCGAGAAAGAGGCUGUCCUGAAGAAAGCCUGCUGGGCGAGCCUCUAGACCUGUUGGUGCAGUUCUUCAGGAAGUUUGGAGACAAACCCUGCUGCAUCACCGACUUAAAGAUAUACCUUCAUCUGCUCUCUCCCGACCAGCACGUUCAGUUCAUCAACCGUCUGAGUGAAGCAGUUCCUCUGGCGGAGCAGGGAGAAGACGGAUUUGCCUUCCCAGAGGAUACCAAAGCACUACAACGGCAUUUAUGUGUGUGUCAGCUGAGCCGAGCGCUGGGGCUGCAUCACUCUCUGGACUCCAGCGGAAAGCUGCACCUUAUCGCCGAGCUCAAGGCUCACUACCGUCAUGGGCUCAAGUUUGGGAAGAACGCCCUGAAGACGGAGCUGCAGUUCUCAGACAUGUACUGUCUCAUGGCCGCUCAUGUAUACGUUGAUUUAUGGACAGAAACGGGGGAUGAGAACAUGGCGUGGCAGUGUUUGGGUCUCCUUCAGGAGGGUCUGUCUCACAGUUCCUCCAACGCCCAGUUCAAGCUGCUGCUGCUGCUGCUCUACUGUCGCCUCGGAGCCUUCGAGCCUGUCGUGGACCUUUACUCCAGCCUGGACGCCAAGCAUGUACAACACGACACCAUCGGGUUUCUGUUAACACGCUACGCGGAGUCUCUGGGGCAGUUUGCUGCCGCGUCCCAGUCGUGUAACUUUUCCCUCAGGUUUUUCCACUCUAACCAGAAAGAUACCUCAGAAUACAUCAUCCAGGCGUACAAAUAUGGAGCGUUUGAGAAAAUCCCAGAAUUCAUUGCUCUCAGGAACAGGUUGAACCAGUCGCUGCACUUCGCCCAGGUCCGUACGGAGAGGAUGCUGCUGGACCUGUUCCUUGAGGCGGACAUUGUGUUGAGUUUGCAGGAGAGCGUGAAGGCCAUGUCGUUGUCUGCAGAGGAGGAUGACAUCCCCUGGGAUAGUUUAAGGGACAACAGAGACCUUACUGUAUUUACAAACUGGGACCCUAAAGAGAGACAGCUGACUGACGACCAUCGGCGUCGGUCUCUGGAGGAGGAGUCUGUGUGGCUGCGGUUUCGCUCUCUGACGCUGCGCCUGCUCACCUCGCUGGCGGCGCUGGGACACACGUCCUCACAACAAAACUCUGAGAUGUCCAACGAGAACGGAGUCGGAGACAAAAGCUCGGUCGUCAGCAGCCUGCUCUCCCAGCUCAACCAGACUCUGCAGACGGCAGCGCAGCUCGCAGAGAAACGCGUCCAGUAUCCAUUCCUGGGCCCCCCCUCCACCCGCCUGUCCUCGGCUCUGUCCAGUGGCAGCUGUCAGUGUCAGGCUGCAGCCCUGCAGCUCUCUGUCCACCUGCAGGACCUGGAGACAGCCGGACUCGAUGAGUCGUCGGAGCUUCAAACUCAGAUCUGUAAUGCUUUUAAAUCACUAGUAGUUCAGCUUCAAGAAAUACUGAAUAAAUGCAAAGGGGAUUUUUUGGAAAUGAAAGGGAGCAAAUUAAAAACACAGCCCACCUUAUUAGAAAACCUAAUCUUCUUUGUUGAGACGGUGAGCAUAGUGUUGUGGAUGGCUAGUUGCUGUGCCAAGAUCCUCCGACCGCUCAAGACAAGUUUACAGAAGAAGAAAAAGAAGAAAAAGGAUGCAAACGCAGUGCUGCCGGUGGUGGUGUGUGGGUUCCAGGAGUUGACGGGGAGCUUGCAGGACCUGCUCACUCAAGCAUCGGAGCACAUAAAGAGCCAAGAGGCUGGUCUGACCGCCCUGAAACUGGCCGGUUUAACCUUGGAAGGACAUACAGAGGAGGAGGCGUCGUUUACGAAGGCUGCUAUGGACAAGGUGCAGAGCAGUUACCUGCGCUCGCUACAGGAGGUGGGAGAUCUGCUCAAGAAGAGAGCGGAAACUAUAAAAAACCUCAAGAUCUGAACACCAUCACACACCAGACUAAGAUGACUGUAAUCUCAUCCUCCCCACCAACCCACCCGCUUUCAGCCCACCGGAGUCAGAAUCCGCGACUCAGUCCUUCCUGACCUCCACGUUUCAUGGUUUGUGAGCUCUGUCUGGAUUUCUUUUUCUUCGACACGGCAACGUUCACCUCUGGAACAUUUGCAGCUCUUAUAGCACAUAAGCUUGUAGGUAAAACUUCUACAGCGAUUAUCAGUGAAAAGCAGAAGCUGCGCUCUUUUAGAUAAAUCUAUCUAGAUCAAAUCAGAAUACAUAAAUACACGGUUUUAGAGUCUAAUAAAUUAUUGUACAUAAUAAAGACCACCACAGCUUGACUAAAGGAGAGUUUAAACCACAAUAAACCACUGUCCCGUCUGUCGGCCAGUUUCCUGUUUGUUUCCUCACAUCUCCUCUGAACGAGAACGGCAGCAGCAACCCGGCUUCAUCUCAGAGGAAUGAGCUGCUUUUCAGGCAGUUUUCAUCCUAAUCUGAUGCACUGUUUGGAGGAACGGACACGUGGCUGCCAGCAGACACACUUCCCGCUUCAGAGCCGCCUUCUCGUUUUAUUUCAUUUCGUUUUGUCUUUCUUGUGUGUUGCUUCAAAAGUGGAACCACCUCUGUAGUUGCAGUAUUAUAAAGAGAUGAGCUAAAACAGGACUUUUCUUUUUAACACGAUUGUUUUUGUGCCCUUUUUGUUCCUUUUUUUUUAAUAGAAGUGGUGCUUUGUAAAGACGUCUGUUGGGGAAUCCCAGCAUCCUUUGAGGCUGGACUGAUUCUAGUUAUUUAAGAGACCAUGUGCGACUACCUUAACAUGAAUGUUCACCAAAAACGCACCGCGGGCUGCUGAGAUUAAUGCAGGGAGACCCAUGUAUGUAGUGGCAAACAGAAAUUUGUGCUCUGGGAUGUUUUGUUUUGUUUUUUCCCCUCAGCUCUCAACGUUUUACAUUUGGACCUAACUGUAAAUAAAUACUGAGGCAGAAUAUUCACAUGAUCGUGUUGCAAGGACUUGAGUGUGUUUUAAAAGCAGCUGCAGUAGAAAAACACCAGAUUUGUCCUGUGGUGGUGUUUUUUUUUUUUUUUGUCAUUCCUGCCUUUUUUCUCUCCCAAAAUGUCAUCCGCAGCAUCUCCAGCAGUGAUGGCUGACCGCUGGCACAGCUGGAUUUUUUUUGUUUUACUGUUUUAAAAUACUUGGCGGAGCAGUUUGAACAUAUAGCAACCGACAACCCGUCUUUCUCCCUCCUGUUAAUCCUGCUUACUGUCGCUUACACAUCUAACAAAUGCCUUCUUUUGAAGUCGAGCCCGUCUGAGUGGAUCCUUGCCUGCAGAGACCAUGUUUGAUCUGACUACAUGUGUCGUUGAGGUUCAGAGUAAUGGUUGACAAUCUGAAGUGACAUCUCACCACCCUCUUUUGCUAGAAAAUGGAAAACAGAAACACUGGAAUGUCAAAGCUUUUUUAAAUAAAAAGGUAAAUGUGA